UUCCUGCACUAAGAUGGCGGCUGAGAGCAUGUCGGAGGCUGCGAAAAGGAACAGUAAAGGUGGUGGAAAUAAGAGGCCGAUCUCGGGCCUCGAGGAAAAGGACCAGCUUUCCAUCUUUGAAAAUGCAGCACUUGAUGAGAGCGGAGGGGACCUAACCGACAGUGAAGAGAGCCUUUUCUCUGGUUUGGAGGAUUCAGGGAGUGACAGUGAGGGAGAUGAUGAGGAGGAAGAGGAGGGAGAGGGUGAUGAUGACAGUGGAGUUGAAGAGAAGAGUAUGAAGAAGUGCAGCAAGCAGUAUGUUAAGAUUAGGGAAGUUGCCAAGAAGGAGGAAGGUGAAAGUAAUGGAAAGUUGGCGGAGUCGGACAGCAGUCUGCGCCCGAAGCAGACAGGGCCGACUCCUCCAGGAUAUGAGUAUGAAGAGGACACUUCGGACGAGGAGGAUAUCCGGAAUACUGUGGGCAAUAUCCCUAUAGAGUGGUACAAGGACUAUCCACACAUCGGCUAUGAUCUGGACGGAAAGAAAAUCUACAAACCAAUCCGAAAUAAAGAUGAGCUAGAUGAAUUCUUGGAUAAGAUGGAAAACCCAGAUUAUUGGCGCACCAUUCCAGAUAAGAUGACUGGCACUGAAAUUCGCCUAACUGACGAACAGAUAGAUCUCGUCCACAGGAUCCAGAAGGGACAGUACGGAGAUGCCAAGUUUAAUCCAUAUGAGCCUUCCAUUGAUUUCUUUACGCAUGAGACGAUGAUUCACCCAGUGACCAACCAUCCAGCACACAAGCGCAGCUUCAUUCCAUCGCUCAUCGAGAAGGAGAAGGUAUCGAAACUUGUCAAUGCAAUAAAACUAGGCUGGAUCAAACCACGCAAGCCACGAGAUGACACGCCACUGUACUAUGACCUGUGGGCACAGGAAGAUCCCAAUGCAAUCCUGGGUCGGCAUAAAAUGCACGUCCCUGCACCAAAGCUGAAGCUCCCAGGGCAUGAGGAGUCUUAUAAUCCCCCGCCUGAGUAUUUAUUAACGGAGGAGGAGAGGCUGGCCUGGGAACAGCAGGAGCCUGAGGAACGGAAGCUGAACUUCCUCCCACAGAAAUUCACAUCUUUGCGUGCCGUGCCUGCAUUUUCACGCUUCAUUCACGAACGCUUUGAACGCUGCCUCGAUCUCUAUCUCUGUCCGCGGCAAAGGAAGAUGAGGGUGAAUGUGGACCCAGAAGAUCUGAUACCCAAGCUUCCCAAACCGAAGGAUCUCCAGCCAUUUCCAACCACUCAAGCAUUGGUUUACACGGGGCACACUAACUUGGUGCGGUGUAUUAGCGUAUCUCCCAGCGGGCAGUGGCUGGCCUCAGGCUCGGAUGACUGCACAAUUAGGUUUUGGGAGGUCUCCACAGGCCGAUGCAUGAGAACCAUCGAGGUGGAAGGGAUAGUGAGGAGCAUUGCUUGGAACCCUAACCCCGUUCACUGUCUUGUGGCAUUGACUGUAGAUCAAUCUGUUAUCAUCGUUAAUCCCUGCCUGGGUGAUAAGUUACUGUAUAACGCUACAGACCAGUUAAUUGCAUCAUUUGAGAAGCCAGAGGAGGAGCCAAUCCAACCUGUGGAAUGGACUGCUGCUGAGGGAGAUUCAUUCAAUAAAGGAUUGCGGCUCAUCAUCAAACACAACAAGCUGGUGAAGCAGGUGACCUGGCACGGAAAGGGCGAUUAUUUGGCGACGGUUAUCCCAGACAAUGGCAAUGCGCAGGUCCUCAUCCAUCAGCUGAGCAAGCGCCGGAGUCAGAAUCCCUUCCGGAAGAACAAAGGAUUGGUGCAGUGUGUCCUCUUCCAUCCCAUCAGGCCAUUCUUCUUCGUGGCUACACAGCGUUACAUCCGUGUGUACAACCUCCUCAAGCAGGAACUCACCAAGAAACUAAUGGCCAACUGCAAGUGGGUGUCAAGCAUGGCCGUACACCCUGGGGGUGAUAACGUGAUCUGUGGAAGUUAUGACAGUCGUCUGGCCUGGUUUGACCUGGACCUUUCUACCAAGCCUUACAAAGUGCUCAGGCAUCACAAGAAAGCUCUCCGGGGAGUAGCAUUCCACAAACAUUACCCACUUUUCGCCUCCGCAUCCGACGAUGGCACUGUCAUUGUCUGCCAUGGAAUGGUUUACAGUGACCUGCUCCAGAAUCCACUGAUUGUCCCUGUGAAGUUGCUGAGAGGCCAUGAAAUAACACGAGACCUGGGGGUUUUGGAUGUGAUCUUCCACCCCACUCAGCCCUGGCUAUUCUCCUCUGGAGCAGACUGCACCAUCCGUCUCUUCACGUAACACUCAGCUGCUCACACCAACUCAACUGGGCUUUCUACUCUUCUGAGAGCCCCACCCACUGCUAACCUUUUAGAAAGCUUUUUUGUUACUUUAUAAGCUGCUGCUCACUUCAGGAUGAUGGGAGAGAUGACCAGUGUUUAUAACCAAUGUCAUCUUCCUUGAGAAAUUGGUCUGUUUCUGCCACAUGAUAUCUGCUGGACAUGUCAGCAUCAUUGUGCCAUAAGGAAAAAUACCAUGGCCAGAGGUAUUAACACUGCCUCAGUUUGUCACCCCUUAGACCCAUUUUCAUUGUUACGCAUUGUCAAACCCAUACAUUUUCUACCCCACCCCCUCGGUACUAAUAGACAUUGACAGAUAUCCACCUUUCCUGUGUCACCUGGGUGGGACUGGGCCAGAGCCCCACACACAUCACCAGUUUGGUCCUCCCUCCUAUAGGCCAAACAUUUCACACCUCCCGUCACUUCAGUUUGAUUUCAGUAAUCUCUUCCUGACAAUUUUUUGUUGUGGGGGGUGGUUUUUUUACAGUGUGCCAGACUAGCAACUGAGAUUCUGUGAAUUGCCAGAAUGUGUUUUUGAUUUAAAAUAGCAGCAAAAAAAAGAAAUUAAAUCCAUUAGUUUCAUUUCAUUUAGGAAAUAUUAAGAACACUGGAUAUUUCAAUAUGCUGGUUUCCCCCCCACCCCCAGUCUGUGCAAAAGGCAUCAUCACCCUCCCUUUCCCAUCCUAAAAACGGAGGCUCGGAGAAGGUCUCAAUCUCCCACCCUCCACACCGCCCCUCUUCAAACCCAACCCGGCAACUGGGGAAUUCAAAUGUAGUGAAUUCAAUAAAUUUGGUAUCAUUAACAGUAACCACAAAACUACCAGAUUGUCCACUAACACCUCAAUUAAAUCUUCCCUCAGCUUCCUCUGUUCCAAAUAAAACAAUCCCAAUCUUUCCCCAUGGCUAGAAUUCUCCAUUCCUAGAACCAUCCUCAUAAAUCUCGUGUGAUUACAUCCUUCCUGUAAUGCAGUGAUCAGCACUGUACACGUGUACAAAGCCCUCUACCUAUAGCCUAACUAGUGUUUUAUAUAGCUCUACAUCACCACCCUCUCAUACUUUAAGCCUUGGCCAAUAAAGGAAGGAAUUCCAUGUGCCAUCUUAUCGACCUGUCCUGAUGCUGCCUUCAGGAGUUGUAGACAUGCAUCCAAGUUCCCUCUACACUUAUCAGAAUCCUACCAAUUAUUACACAUUCCCUUGCUUUACUUUACCUCUCACUUCUCUGGAUUGAAUUCCAUGAUUUAUACCAUCUCAAAUUAUUUCACAAUAAUUUAGGCUGACUGCUUGUAAUUACUCAAUCUAUCCCCUUCUCCCAUUUUAAACAAUGGUACAAUGUUGGGAGUUCUCCAGUCCUCUGCAUCACAGCUACAGCCAGAGAGAACUGGAAAAUGAUCAGAGCCUCUGCUAUUUCUCCUCUUGCUUCCCGUAGCAGCCGGAUACACUUUCAUCCUAGUCUGAUUUAUCCUCUUUCAGGAAUGUUAAACCCCUUAAUAUUUCCUCCCAGUAUUUCACACUCCUCAACCACAAACAUCUUCUUCUCCGUGCUUGUGAAAACAAAGUAUUCAUCACAGCCCGUCCACAUCUGCAAGUUAUCUUUUUUGUCUCUACUGUUUAUGACAUCCUCUUUUCUAAUUUCACUUUCUGUGCUGCUCUAGGCUUCAUGCAGUCAUUGUCAGUCUCUCAAUGCAAGGAUGAUGUGCCAGGCUUCAUGACUCAGCAGGUCAAUCCUGGAGCCUCAGAUCUUUGGGCAGAAAGGGCAAGUGGCAUUCUUCUCUCCUGCUUUUUUCACUUUCUCUGAGAACAAUCCUAGUGUCUCCAUAUACCUGAAGUCACUCAUCCCAUUACUAUUCAGUAAAUCUCCUCUCCAAUGUCCGGCUGCUGCCCUGAGAGAAAUGGAUGAUUCCAGCACACGAGAGAAUGAGAAACAGCGUUUGAAAUGAAUGUGUUUUUUUUAAAUCGGAUAUACAUUUUAAAUCUUUGUAUAAUUAUGUACCAUAUUUCCACUGUGAUUUACAUUGAUGCUACAUUCAACAGUAUUAUUAAAGAGACAUCUCCAGUUA